AUGCAGCAUGCGCUCGACCCCAAGCAAGCACCACCACAAGCAUGGGUUGAGUCGCCAUACUUGCGGUCACUCAUAGCAGGCGGCUUAGCAGGCACAACAGUAGACCUCUCCCUCUACCCGCUCGACACGUUAAAAACCCGCCUCCAAUCCGCGUCCGGCUUUGCCGCAUCCGGCGGUUUCAAUGGCAUAUACCGCGGCGUAGGCAGCGCAAUCGUGGGUUCCGCCCCGGGUGCCGCCCUCUUCUUCAUAACCUACGACACGAUAAAACGAUCUUUUUCACAGAACAGGCCUGCUACAAUCAAGUACAACGCCGAGGGUAAACCGUACAAAGAGGAUUGCGGGAGAGGUAGCGGCGUGCGCUGUAAGGGUGCCAACGGAGGUUAUCAAGCAGAGGGCGCAGGCGAGUCAGCACCCGAGUUCACGGGAGGCGCUCGCGUUUGUGCUGAGGCAGAGAUAUACGAAGGGUUUGGCGCACGUGUGGAUGGAAUUGUAUCGAGGGUGGUCAAUAACGAUUAUCCGGGAGGUACCUUUUACGGUCAUUCAGUUCCCGCUUUGGGAGGCGUUGAAGAAAUGGCGGAUGGCAAGGACGGGCAGGACCGAGGUUAG